AUGUUUACCAAAAGCAAAAAUUUAGCAGCGAAUUUUGGUUUCAGGUCUUCCCGUGCAUCAUAUGGUGACGACGCCAUUAGUUACGUACAGCUAAAACGGGAUGGGAAGAUUUGCACUCUUAAAUGUAAGAUAUGCCCAGAGCAUAAAAUUCACGCAAACCUAUACGCAGUGACAAUGGUGAUAGAUGAAGAAGAAGAGGUAAUUCGCUCAGUGGAGUGUCACGAAUGCGUUGCUGCAAUAGGAGGUUGUAAGCACGCAAUAGCCUUCCCGAUGUGGGUUCAUCGCAGGAGUGCAGAACCUUCGUGUACUUCAGUUGAAUGUUAUUGGAAGAAAUCCAAAUUGUCCAGGAUUGGCACGACUUUAAAAUUCAUUACAGCCAAGGAAAUGUCAAAAGGCAAACCUGUUCUACCGUCAAAUACAGCUGUUCGCAAUACAUUUUUAGAAGAAGGAAGGAAAAGGAGUCUGAAAGAAUGUGAUUUUUUAAGAUAUAGUUCAAGCUCUUCAAGUUCUGCUAUGCUAUCGAUGCACAACCUUGUAUUGAAGUUUAAAGAUGAAGACUGUGACACAUUUUUAUCCAAAGUAGAGAUACUGUAUGAAUCAAUUAAAAAAAUCGAGGAAGAAACCAGGGAACAGAGUUGUAGUAGACUAUGGUUUGAAAUGAGAUAUGGUAGAGUAACAGCAUCAAGAGCAUAUGAAGUAAGCCGCUGCAAGACAAUCGAUGGAACGCUCAUAGCACUGAUUAUGGGUGGCAAAAUUCCCGAUACGAAGGCAAUGAAAAGGGGAAGAAAAUUAGAAGACCAAGUUAGAGAUGCAGUAGAAUUGAAACUGCAAAAAAAUAAGAAAGUGUGGUCUUUUAUUAAGCCAAAAGUACCCUGUGAUUGCCGGAUCCCCUGA